AUGAAGGGCGGAAAAGGUUCUCGCGGUCGCUCGGGGGGUUCGGAUCGUGGAGGCAUUCGCAAGCGGGGUGCUGCGACACGGGUCGAUCGAGAAGGUGAUCUGAUGAUGGACGCUGGCUCUGCACGAAACCGUGGAAAGAAGGGUCGUGGCGAUUCCGGCCGGUCGCAGGCAGCGAACAAAGCCAUGGAUGCGAUCCAAAAGGCCAUUUCCAGUAACUCAGACACUCAGGCGAACAUCCGACAAGGAGGACGGGGAAGUGGUCUGGAACAGGUUAUUGUUCGUGGCUGGAAGCAAAGCAAGGCAGCUUCCAACCGUGACGGCGGUCUCGAAUCCCUCAUCGCCUUCCUCGAGAAAAAACUCAGCCCACCCGACUCGAAAGCUGGCACACGCGCAAGGAUUACAAAGGUAUGUGCAACACCAGAACUGGCGGUCACCGACAUCAAUUAUCAGCUUCGUCCUCUCCGAUGUGCUCUCGUUUGCAGGGGUGGUGCGUUCAGAACGACGAUCGGCACUUUCUUAAUCUCUCCUGGCUCGCGGGUUGAAGGCGACGCUCUUAUCGUCUCUAUUCGGCCAGAGUUGUUGGAAAGGAUGCUUCAGCUCAAUGGGUUUAGUUUUGCAGGUGCCCCUCUUACCACCGAAAAGUAUGAUCCAUCUACUGGCGGAUUGUUGGACCAGCCUAUGCUGUCUGCCAUGGCACAAAAUGGCGGCACAUCCUCUGCUGCCGAGACCAAGGCGAAAAUGACGACAAUUCUCGGCAAGCGCUACACCCAGCAAACAAAGUUACUCGAUCUUUCGAAGUUGGGAACCGAUCCGGAUCUGUUGGCAAUGGGAAUCUUUGGCAGCACCUCUACCGAGUCAAAAUUCUUCCCGGCACUGAUGAAAGUUUGGGAGCUGAAUUUCGACAAUGCCACGGCGCGCCGAGAGGCAGUGGAGAGUGUCAGUCUCGCUCAUAACCAGCUUGCCAACAUCACAGCUGUGACGACAUUAGCAUCGACAAUUCCCGACCUGAAAAAUCUGGACCUUUCCAACAAUGAUUUUAAAGAUGCGCAGUCCUUGAUUGGAUGGCGCUGGAAAUUCCGGAACCUCGAGUUUCUCGACCUAUCAAACACUCCUUUUAGCGCCGACCCUACUUUCAAGGAUACCAUGCUGAAGUGGUAUCCCAAGCUCCGGUUCCUGAAUAAUGUCGAAGUCCGCACCGCAGAAGAAAUAGCGGCGCAGAAGAAGACUCCGAUUCCAGUGCAGCCACCACACUUCCAGGACGACUCUCAGAUCGCAGAGAACUUCGUCCGGGCUUUCUUCGCGGGCUACGACAACGACCGAAGCGGCAUUCUCAGCAGUGUCUACGACAACCACACUACGUUCACUCUCAAUGUGAACACAUCGGCUCCCAGGGCCCAACAAACAGAAACAGCGCCCUGGGAUGCGUAUAUUAAGAAAAGCAGAAACCUUCUGAAGAUCAGCCAUCUCCCUGCACGCAUGUCUAGGGUAUAUACUGGUGCGGAGAAGAUACGCGAGUUGUGGACUAGUCUUCCGGCGACAAGACAUCCUGACAUUGCGACGCACCCGGAAGAAUGGCUUAUCGAGUGCUACCCCAUCCCAGGUCUUCCUGAUAUUUCUGGACAGAGCUCCACGGGUGUUGGUGGUCUUCUCAUCAUGGUGCACGGAAAGUUCGACGAGAUAAACGGGGCCAAGGUUGAAACGCGCAGUUUCGAUCGAACAUUCAUCAUCGGGCCCGGUGGUGGUAUGGGCGGAAUUAGGGUCGUCAGUGAUCUUCUCUGCUUGCGAGCCUAUGGUGGACACGAGGCAUGGAUUCCAGAGGUUGCACCAGCCGUUCCCCAAGCAGCACCUCCAGCAGUUGCGGCUGCACCCGCAGCGCCUGCGGCACCUGCAGCACUACCAGUAGCUAUUCCGGGUGCCCCCGAAGGCUACGGCAUGCCGGCGCCUGGGAAAGCAGACACACAAGUCCAGCAAGAGCAGCUAGUACUUCAGAUGAGCUCUAAUACUCGGAUGACCCUUCAGUACUCUGAGAUGGCUUUGUCUGGAAAUGGCUGGAAUAUGGAGGCUGCACUGAAGAACUUCGAGGAACUUAAGGCGCAGGGAACACUGCCUCCGGAUGCUUUUCUACCCGCAGCAGUGUAAUUUGACCAAGGAGGGAAGGGCCAAUUACUAAAAGAAAAAAAUGAAAAAGAAAAACGAAGAAGAAGAUAUACCAAAUGAACGAGGAACAACUUUUCGAGCGAUUCUCCUCCAGACUUAGUCUGGUCUUCGAAUCCCCGGCUUUCGUCGGGAGGUUCCUGGUGGUGUUUGAUCGGAGUCGACUGUCUCUUUAUUUGUGAUUUGCUGAUGCAUGGCUUGGGCGAAUGGCUUCGGAGCUCGUUACAAUUGCUUUAAUUUUCCUUCAAUGUAUACUAAAAGACCACGAUGAUUUUCAUGUCCAUAUAGACGAGACCUGCGGUACAAG